AUGUUUGAUGUUCUACAACCUGUGUUGCAACAAAUGCCUGUGUGUUCCAUCAAGCGCCUAAGACGUCAAUUUACAGCUCCCUUCUCGCCUCCGAAAUUCUCUCUCUCUCUCAACAGCGAACGCGGCAACCAAAGGGAGCGAGACCGAGAAAGGGCGCAAGCCAGGUCCGGCCAGAAGCCCAGGAAUCCUAAAGACGAUGGAUUAACACCCGAACAAAGACGAGAAAGGGAUGCGAAGGCCCUUCAAGAGAAGCUGGCGAGGAAAGGAGCUCAAGGGGCAACGGGUGGGAACACCAAGAAUAGCAGUGAUGUUGUUAACAAGAACAACAAGAAGUAAAUGGACUAAUAACGGUUUGUGGAGUAGAUGAGGGAUGUUGUGAAGUAUCAGAUCUCGGUUUUGGAUUCGGAAUUUCUCCGUUUUCUCCCAAUGUGUAACUUAAAACAAUCCAAGGCUUUGCUUGGUUUGGACAUUUAUACGUUGGCUUCUGAACUCUGUAAUUUGUGUGUUCGAUUUGGAUUAAUGCGAUUUCCCGUUAGAUUGCGUAUUCA